AUGUCGGGGUCGCCUCAAGAGUCUGGCCAGACGAGCUCCGGCUCCAGCAACACACCACCGAAUCCCUUUGAGAACCCAACACAGGAACAGCCCAUCAAGCUGCAAACUCCACCGUUGCUUCACCCUUCGUCCGCAACGCCACAGGCGCGAAAGGACAAGAAGGAGAAGAAGAAAGUCGGCUUCCAUGCCGACAGCCCUCGGCCUAGCCAACCAGCCCCGGUGGACAAUCGGCCACCGAGCAUCGUAAUUGACGAUGACUACUUUCCACAGUCAAUGUCUCCCGAAGUUAACCCCUUUGAUACACCUAGACCCGUUGAUACUCCAAGGCGGGACACGGACGCAACGCCAGCAGGAGCUCCCGAUGCCGGCGAGCUGCGCCGUGCUCUCACUCAGGUUUUGAUUUCGGAGAAGCAAGAGAGCGGCCCCUCUGAGACACCUGCCCGACCCCGGCCCGUCCUCCGCCGUAACACCAGCUACGAUGCUCCGGAAGAGAGGCAGAAGGCCGAUCUCGCUGAGCAAACCGCCGGCGAACGGCAGCAGCGUUCGGGUCUGGAGGCCCGCCAGCGUGCCAACCGCUUGGCCGUCAGCGUCGAGAAUUACUCAUCACCACCUUCUCGUCGCAACUCCAUUGAGGGACCUUACAAUCCAUUCAGCGACGAUGAGGAAACCGAUCAGGUCACCGGCUUGAGCUCUGCGGUAGACGGUUCAGAUGAGCGACAAAACGUUCGGUCUCGUCCCAGGAAGAACUCACACUUGGAUGCCGAGAAUCUUGUCCGAUCCCACACAAGACGUGCCAAGAAAGGUGGCCGAGGACCCAAUGACUAUUUCAAGUAUGAGCCGCCUUCUGGUGUUCGGUCUGGCACCGCUACGCCCACCUUGGAGCAGUCUUACGCACAUGACUACGUCCCGCCCCCCAAGCAGUACCAGGGCGGUAUUCUAUCAUCGCUGCUCAAGCUAUACAACGAGAAUGGCAGCGGUGGUAACAGUGGUAGGAACACGGGAUCCAACACUCCGGCGACGGCGACGCCCAGCCACUCUCCUCCGGGUUCCAUGCCACCCUCCGCCGCUCCUUCGAUCCCUGGAUCACCACGACCUUCUCGGCCCAACAGUGGAUUGUUCAACUACCACAAGAAGCAGGGCUCUCGGUCUUCCAUGGCCCUAGCUGAACUCAUGAAGUCAUCGUCUGCCAUGGCUGGGCCGGCUUCCAGUGUAUUCAGCCAGGGCUUCACUGAGAAACUCAGGACCGAGCCCCCUUCGCGGCCGAAGAAGAAGAAGUCUGGAGUCUGGGGCGGAUCCUCACCAAAGUCAUCAAAGGCUGAAGAGAAGCAUAGGAUUACUAAGCACAUUGCUCAGAUCCUGUCGAGACAUAAGUACCUUGUCAAACUGUGCAGGGCGCUGAUGAUGUAUGGAGCUCCUACGCAUAGGCUCGAGGAGUACAUGAAGAUGUCGGCCCGUGUGCUUGAGAUUGAGGGUCAGUUCCUCUACAUACCUGGUUGUAUGAUUAUCAGUUUCGACGACAGCGCAACCCACACGACCGAGGUCAAGAUAGUGCGCUCGGUACAUGGCGUGGAUUUGGGCAAACUGCGCGACGUGCACGACAUCUAUAAGCAGGUUGUCCACGAUCUGAUCAGCGCCGAUGAGGCUACCAUCAUGCUGGAGAACAUCACGAGCCGCAAGCUCAAGUUCGGCAACUGGAUGCGCGUGCCCAUCUAUGGUCUCGCCAGCGCAUGUGUGGCCCCCUUCGCGUUCCAGGGACGCUUCAUCGACUUACCCAUCGCUUUCAUUCUCGGUUGCAUUCUGGGCUGGAUGCAACUGAUCCUUGCCCCGAGCAACGAGUUGUACGCGAAUGUCUUCGAAAUCACCGCCUCCAUCGUCACGUCCUUCUUGGCCCGCGCCUUCGGCUCCAUCAACCACGGCGAACUGUUUUGUUUCUCUGCCUUAGCGCAGAGCUCAAUCGCACUUAUCCUUCCUGGUUACAUGGUACUGUGUAGCAGUUUGGAGUUGCAAAGUCACAACUUGGUCGCUGGUAGUGUUCGGAUGGUUUAUGCCAUGAUCUACACCCUCUUCCUCGGAUACGGAACUACCAUUGGCACUGCUCUUUACGGCAUGAUCGACCGUCACGCCGAGUCGAGAACUACCUGUACCAACCCGCUUAAUAGGAACUGGUACUUGCUGUUUGUUCCGUGCUUCACCCUCUGCCUCUGCAUUAUCAAUCAGGCCAAGUGGAAGCAAACACCGGUCAUGAUCACCAUCUCGCUUGCUGGAUUCCUGGUUAACAGCUACUCGUCCGACUUUUUCGUCGGCAAUGCUCAAAUCUCAAACAUGCUUGGCGCUCUCACCGUGGGACUGCUAGCUAAUCUCUACUCCCGCCUUGGUCGCCACGCUCACAACUUAUUCCUCGACUUCCUAGACUGGUGGGAUGCUCGGAUGGCCCCGCGCUUCGUCAGCGUCAGCCGCCGUCGCAACGAGCGUCCUCGCCCGGAAAUGUACCAGAUGUCUGGCCAGAAUGCCGGAUCCUCCGGUCCCUCGGGCAUUCACACCCCCGGAGAGAACACCCCUGAAGGAUCGGCGCCAGCAACACCUACUACUGCUACCUUUUCCGAAAAGGACAAGGCUCAAGGGAUCGUCCCCGAGCGGAAGCGGACAGUGGGCUAUGGACUCGCCGCCGCGGCUAUGCUUCCGGCGAUAUUUGUGCAGGUUCCUAGUGGUCUUGCGGCAGGCGGGUCAUUACUGGCAGGAGUUACAUCGGCUGAUCAAAUCACGAACAAUAACGGUACUUCGUCAACGACCGACACUUCGGAUCUUAACAACUCGGCCUUUGCGGUUCUUCUCAGCGUUAUUCAAGUUGCUAUUGGUAUUACAGUUGGACUCUUCAUGAGCGCCCUCAUGGUCUACCCUCUUGGCAAGAGAAGAAGUGGCUUGCUCAGCUUCUAG